AUGACUGAUUUGGAUAUAGAUAUAGAUAUAAAUACGGAUGAGGUACUAAACAUAGAGCAGGAGCAGUACCAAAUAGGUUAUCAAGAAGGUGUUAAACAGUCAGCUCAACAACAAUAUCUCGAAGGUAAACAAUAUGGUUAUCAAACGGGGUUUCAACGGUUUUUGAUUGUGGGGUAUAUCCAAGGACUAAUUAAAGAAUGGGAUGAUAAUUUGGAGAAUUAUGGAAAUAAUAAGUCGGUGAUAAAUGGACAUCUACAGCAAUUGAAAGGGUAUGUAGGGUAUAAUGAUGGUGGUGGUGAUAAAUUGCUGAUGAGUAAUGAUGAACAGUCAGUUGCUGAUUAUGAAAUGAAGUUGAAGAAAGCUAGGAAUAAAUUGAGAGUGAUUUGUGGAAUAGUUAAGGAGAGUUGGAAGGUUAAUGAUUUAGAUAAAUUGAUGGGAGAAGUUGGUGGGUCAAUGCAAGUUAGUGAGAAUGUCGAUGAUAUGUGGUAG